AAAGCAACCUAUAGCACCUAGUGGUUUUUUAAGCAGCUUUAUGUCCCCACAACAUUAGUAACACCAACACACACACAUCUUUGUGAUGCUGUUUCUGUAUUUUCUUGUGAACACUGCCAUCAAGUGGUGAAUAUUUUUCAUUACAGGGUGAGAAUUUCAAUUCAAUUCAAUUUUAUUUAUUUCUAGAGCUUCAAAUAGCCUAGCACCUUAUGUCUUUCACAUUCCAGGUAACAAUGAAAAAUAGUCUCUGGCGACUGACAGAAAAGACACGAAUAGGUUAUAGUUGGAUUAAAAACACUGUAAUGUUUAAAUCACUUGCACAUAUUCCAAAGAUUAUGGGCAUAGCCUAUUAUUUUAAUUUACAAGCUUCCAAGGUCAUUGUCACCUACUGUUAUGUUGAUGUGUGUAGAAACAAUGAUCAGGUUUCGAAUUUAUUGUGAAGGUCGGGGAAAUCAAGAGACCGGAAACUCUCAUCUGUGCAUUCUUUGGACAAAAUACUUUCGCUUCGAGAAGAUUGAUAGCCUGCCUUUCAACCAGAAAUACACCCCUUGGCUUACCUGCACAGGUACUCUAAACAGUUUUGUUUCAAGCCUGUCUAAACUUGUUCGAGGAAGAAUAACAACCCAUGAGCUUUUCGACUUAACAUAUCGGGAAGGGCGACAGUUAACCUAUUUAUCCCUGCAACACCUGCGACGAUAGAGUGAAAGUAAAUGUAAGAGGGCGGCUGCGUACCUGUGAUUUUUCUGCUUUUCUGAAAUGGCUCGGUAUUUCAUGGCUCGGUAUUUCAUGGCCUAUUCCAUCUGGACCUUCUGCCUAGUUGCUGGACAGUCUCUAAAAUAUGUACUCAAGGGGCUGGAGGUCAACUUAAAUCCAGACAUCACUGGACACCCUGAUGACAUUCUGUGGAAACAUAACGGCAACAAAGUGGUAGAGUUUGAUGGCAAGGAGCAACGUGUGUACAAACCAUAUGAAAACAGGAUCACUCUUGACUGGGUCUCUGCAGAACUCAAUAUCACUGACCUCAGAUUUGAAGACAGCGGAAACUAUGAAUUGGAAGUAUACGUGAACAAUUUCUUGCAUCAUUCACGUUUCGUAUUGAAGGUCAUUGACAAAGUUGCCAAGCCCAACAUAUCCUGUGAGAUGAACGAUGGCAGCAGCUCUAACAUAUCUGGAAAGCUGCUGUGCUCUGCAGAGCCCAGAACACCUCAGUCCUUAAUGAAGUUUGAGUGGAUAUCACAUGGAAAUGUGCAGCUUGGCCCAGAGUUAAUAAUAUCUUUGGGGAAUAAACAUGAUGAUGAAGUAUACAGUUGUAGGGUAAGCAACCAUCUGAGUAGUGAAACAGCUAUAUUCAUGGCAAAGGAUUGCUACCCAGAUAAAAGUAGUGUAGUUGUAGCAGUGACUGUCGUGGCCAUCCUUUUAAUUUUACUCGUGAUAUGCAUCGCCGUCUUUUUCUACUUGCGACACCGCAAAGGAAAGAGCAAUGAUUUGGAAAAUCAGUCACAACAUGGUUCAAGAGAAGACAAGACAGCAGAUCAGGAAGUGGAAAAAAGGCCUCUUAUGAACAGCGACCUUGCUACCAAACACAAGGAAGAUGGCGACUCACACCAGAUCACUGUAGAACCUACAGAGAAAAACAGUCCGGGAUCUGGAUCAUCAACAGAUAUAAAAGAAACAGAGUCAGAUGGGUCAAAGGAGGAGGCAGAUGAGGAUGAGGAAGCACAGUCUGCUCCUGCCAGUGCUGAAACUUCUACUGCUCAGCCAUGUUUCCCUUUGACCAAAAGCUCUCCAAAUAUGGCACCUAAGGACACUGCUGGUGAACACAAGGAGAAGUCUGACUCUGAUCAGGUCACUGGAGAAACUGUCAGAGAAUCUGAUUCUUCAGGCAUUCAGCAGAAAAUAAAUGAAUCGGACGACUUCAGCAAGGAGAAGCAGUCGUCCACCAUUCCUGAACAGAAAGGUUCAGAAAUACCAGUACAUGAGCAAGAUUCAAACUUGUCACAGGAAGAAACACACACAAGAAAAGACAACCAGCAAGAAACAGACAAACCAGUUUCUGAAGAUGAAAACAAAUCAGAUAGUGUAGGUGACGGUGAAGAAAAAGAAAAGGAACAGGAUCUGUAUUUAGCCACCUCCCAGCAGCCUCAGAGCCCCGUACCAACAAAACCAGACAACAGGAACACCUUUCAAGAGUCCCCAGACACUGCACAUGCAGACCCAGAUCGAGAAGAAGAGGGUAAGACCAGGCAUGACUCAGAUGAGUCUGAGGGGCAGCCAAACAGCAGCACAGAAGACGCAGAUAAAGACAAGACAACAGAUCAGGAAGAGGAAAAAAGGCCUCUUAUGAACAGCGACCUUGCUACCAAACACAAGGAAGAUGGCGACUCACACCAGAUCACUGUAGAACCUACAGAGAAAAACAGUCCGGGAUCUGGAUCAUCAACAGAUAUAAAAGAAACAGAGUCAGAUGGGUCAAAGGAGGAGGCAGAUGAGGAUGAGGAAGCACAGUCUGCUCCUGCCAGUGCUGAAACUUCUACUGCUCAGCCAUGUUUCCCUUUGACCAAAAGCUCUCCAAAUAUGGCACCUAAGGACACUGCUGGUGAACACAAGGAGAAGUCUGACUCUGAUCAGGUCACUGGAGAAACUGUCAGAGAAUCUGAUUCUUCAGGCAUUCAGCAGAAAAUAAAUGAAUCGGACGACUUCAGCAAGGAGAAGCAGUCGUCCACCAUUCCUGAACAGAAAGGUUCAGAAAUACCAGUACAUGAGCAAGAUUCAAACUUGUCACAGGAAGAAACACACACAAGAAAAGACAACCAGCAAGAAACAGACAAACCAGUUUCUGAAGAUGAAAACAAAUCAGAUAGUGUAGGUGACGGUGAAGAAAAAGAAAAGGAACAGGAUCUGUAUUUAGCUACCUCCCAGCAGCCUCAGAGCCCCGUACCAACAAAACCAGACAACAGGAACACCUUUCAAGAGUCCCCAGACACUGCACAUGCAGACCCAGAUCGAGAAGAAGAGGGUAAGACCAGGCAUGACUCAGAUGAGUCUGAGGGGCAGCCAGACAGCAAAUAAAGGGCAUUACUGACCACAGCCAAAGUAUCAAGUCCACCAGGUUGAACAGCUGUCAGCGUGGCUGGCAUAUGGCAAGUGACGCCGACGACCAGAGAGGGAGAGCGGUUGACUUUCACCAGCCAGGCCCUCUGUUUGACAUCGUGUUAUUUUAAUAAGAGCCAGCUGUCCGCAACAUCAGCAUUCAACUUCAUACCAGCAUAAAAAAAACACAUGAAAGUUAGUGCUUUAAACAUGUCCAGAUUCCUUUGUACGCCACGGGCAGAACUAGCCUGCUCGUCAGUAUUACAAUCAAUGGUGCCUGUGAUCAUCAAGGGUGGAAAUGAGCUCUUAGCCUUGGAGCACACACACACACUGAGAGAGAGAGAGAGAGGCAGGACGAAAUACUGCACAUUCAUUAUAUAAACACUGCGGUUUGCUGAGCCAUGUGCCGGCUUUGUUUUUAAUGCAUUUAGAUCAACGUCUUCAUACAAAACAAAAACAAAAAAACAUAUUAUCCUGGUGCUAAUAUAUUUGUGGAGUCAAUUACUGUGCCAUGUUUUCAGGGGGCCUGUAAAAGCUUUUGCCUCUGUAGCCAGUGAUUGCACAUAUAAGCUGCUCUUUUACAGUGUAAUCAAUUUCAUGCUCCCUUUUCAGUUCAUGCCUCAUUUUGAUUUUCUCAGGACAACAAAUGGAUUUAACAGACAUUUUGAAAAAUAUCCCAGUGUCUUUAUUGUGAGCAAUAAUUACCUCUGUUGCCAUAUUUCUAUAUGUAAACAAACAGGUACAUUUACUAUUUUGGGUAUGAACCAGAUGUUAAUCCAUAGCAGUCCUUCCAUAUGAAGAGAGCAGAUAUACAGUACAUAUGGUUUGACUGUUUAAAAUAUAGUCGUUGCCAAUCUGGAACAAUCAUGAUGAAGACGAUGAGCAGAUUUUCCUUAGAGAAAUCUCUGAAUUAAAAUGUGCAACUGUGUUUGAGUUCAAGUAAGAAUUAGAUUUUUUGUUUAUUGUAAAAACAGCAAAAUAAAGUGCAUGGAUUUUAAUCUCUAAACAGCCCUCAGAACACAUUUUUCACAGCUCUUUUUUCUGUCAUGCAAAUUAAUUUCGACUUGCUGAGGAAGCAGAGGCGCUUAAGCUUUGUGUUUACACAUCAAAUUAUGCCUGUCAUAACUUCCUCUUUUACUGUAACUGCCACUUUGGAUGGCAGAUGUAUCAUCUUAUUAACACCUUUGAAUUAGUGCAGAGUUGGAGAUGUGUUUACAGUCUCUGAUUCUGCAUCCGCCUUGUGGAGUCUUUAGCGGCAGGCCAACAGGAGAAGUGGAAGAAGCUCUGUUCUCCCCUGACAAUAUCUAUUUCAACAUCCUCUGUGUGGAUUCCAUCUGAACUCAACCCCUGACCCUUCCCCUUGUCCCCGAGCCUGGUCUUGCCCUCGCACUGCCGUCCAUCCUCCUGGGUACAUGCUGACCUUUGCUUCGCCUCUGAGGCCCGAUUACAGACCCUGCACACUGACUUCACAGGAGAAAAGAACAGAAGACGGAAAGUUGCCCCUCAUCACUAGUCACGCCUGGGGGGUGUAUUGUAAAGUGAAAAGCAGAAACCAACCAGUGAUCCCAAUUUAAAAGUGUCAGCUGUUGUAUUUUGAGUUAUUACCUAUACAUUGUAUCAUUAGGAGCACAUUUUGCUUCUAUACAAUCUCAUGUAACACUGGAUUGACCACAGUGAAUAGAUGAUACCAAACUUCCUAACUUCAUAAAUUAGGAGUGGGUCACUUGGGUCAACAUGUGUUUAUUCUCAGUGAGGAGCAUUAAGGGGAUUAACACUAAUCAGAGGGGAUUAUAAGGAGCUAUAACCCAGCUGGAUGGUACUUUCCUGCCUGAUCUCUUCUCUUUGUGCGCCUGUGGAGAAGGAUGUUUGGUUUGGAAAGAGGGAUCUGGAUAACGAUUCCUCUGGUGACAUUUUCUUUGUAAACACAAACAUACUAGACUCUCUCUUACCUUUGACCCAAAAAAUGUCAAGUCAUUUGAACAGAGUGCAUUUCAAUUCGGGAUAAGGGAAAAUGUAUGUGAAAUGUGUCAUAUCGUAGGUUAAUUGAUUGUAAGGAUCAGCUUGUGACUGGUGGGAAUAAUUGUCAUUAGAUAGCAGUCAUUAGAUAAAUGGUUUCCUACACUGAGCAACCAGUUUAUUGGGUAAAUCUCUACACUCCAAAACAAUAGCUCUGCUAUAAAUCCUCUGUUUGUGAAGCUCAAAUGUUCAGAUUUGAUGACACUGUUUCAGAGAGGUGUUGAUUCAACUGUAUGGUCAUUUUUGAGGCUGUAGUUAGCGUUGUUGUUGUUGUAUCAUAUUAUAGUCAGGGGUGGAAAGGAACUUUGUACAUUUAAGCACUGUACUUAAGUACAGUUUUGAGGUACUUUUAUCUGAAUAUUUCCAUUUUAAGCCACUUUAUACUUCUACUCCACUACAUUUCAUUUGGAAAUACAGUACUUUUUACAUUUAUCUGACAGCUUACACUCGUUAGUUACUUUGCAGAUUAAAACUUUCUAUGCAAAACAUUUGAUCAGUUUCAGAAAAAGAAUCAGAAUCACAAAAACUUCAUUGAUCCCAGAGGGGAAACUCUUUAAAAGUGGAGAUGCCAGGGAUAAAACCCAGGGACUCACACAUGUAAACCAUGCACUCUCUCAUGCACAAACAAUACAAAAUAACACAAUAUGAAGUAUUCUUAUAGACCAAAAGACCCAGCAGUAUGCAUUUAAAAUGAGUUCAAAUAAUAAUAAUAUAUAUAAUAGAAUAAUCAGCUGCAAUAAUAUUAAUGCAAUAAUGCAUCAUAAAUAAAACUAUGAAAUUCAUUCUGCCUUAUAGGUACUUACUUUUCAUACUUUAAGUACAUUUGGCUGAUUUUGCUGAUUCUGUGCUUUUACCUGAGUAGAAUUUUGAAUGCAUGACUUUUACUUGGAAGAGAGUGUUCUUACAAGGUGUUGAUACUUUUACUUUAAAGAAUCACACUACAUCUUCCCCCAUUGAUUAUACUGAGAGGUGAUUUAAUAUUGUGCCUCCCACAACACAUUUCUCUAUAAUAGUCCAAUAUAUAUCCACCACAACUGCCAAAAAAUUACCAUAGAGCUGAAUCAACAGCUCUCUGACACAGUGUCAACAAAAACGAACGUUAUGAGAUUGGACUGGAUUGGAGAUUAUUGGAGAGCUGUUGCAUUGGACUGCAUUUGAUUGCACAGGUGUACCUUAUAAGCUGGUAACUUUGUUUAUAUGAAAGAAUUUUGUUGUGGUAUUAUUAUAGCAGCUCAGCGGCUGACUUGUAUAACCCAAGAUGGCACAUCUUCCAUUUCUUCCAAAAUAUACAUGAUAGAAAGCUUUUCCAGGCACAGAGUCUAGAAAUCAAGUUCCCUGUGGAGCCACAGAGGCAAAGGAAAUUGUUGCUAAAAUGAAAGACAGAGAAAACAAACACAUUAUCGGUCUGUCUUUGGACGUGGCAAUGUUUUCACUUCAAUAACCUGGUAGUACUGCUUUUUAAUCGCAGCACACACAUGUGCUUAUCAAGCAUUUCACUUUUUCAACCUUUAAAGAACAGGAGAAGGAUACCAAGCUUGUCAACAGCGUUGUAGCUCCAGUGCUUGUAUAAUGUGUGGCAUGCAUGUUCUCAGGUCUGUCCAUGUGUUCUGGUCUUCAUUAGACUUAGACUGAACAUCUUUGCGGCCUGACAGAGAGAUCCUUUCAUGUGUCCCCACUCACCAGAGCCUAAGCAGAAACAUGCCCACUGCCCAGGGCAAGGUCAGAUUUCUCACCAUACCACAGCAUUAAAGCAACAUUGCCUUUCCUAAUGGAGGGGGGAAACACUGGUUAUUUUUCAUCAAUCUCACAGACAAUAUAUUCCAUCUCAUCAUAUUUAAGGAGUACCAGCGCAAAUUGAUGUAGUCCAUGUGGUAGUAAUCUGGAGCAAAUGCCUGGCUCUGCUCGAUGAUCUCACUGACCUGAAACUCACAUGAGAGUUAAAUUUGCUUUCAAAUCGUUCAGGUUCCGAUCGGUGUCAUCUGAAAAGGGAAAGCAAAGACCAUCCAUUUAAUUUUUUGCCUCAUUCUUCAAAGUCAUGCUCGGAUUGUAUGUAUCAUCAAAACUUAAAUUCCACCCAUCCUUGAAGGAGUAAUGUUACAGUUGCUCUGUCAACUAUUGUAGGAUGACCCAUAAAAGUGGCUUAAAUUUGAUAAAUAGUGAUGCAUGGCUCAUUGCAAUGUUAAUCUGCAGAACGGGUGCUAAGGGGUCAGAGGAAAUGUGGGAGAAACAGCCAUCUUUGUUGCACUCCUCUGAAUGGACUCACUGUUAUUCUCAAUUCUAAUAAAAUGAGGGCUAAUGUCAACCAGAAGACGUGUAAAUAUUUAACUGACCACGAUUAUUCAAAGAGCCAAAUGAAUAAUACUGUUUUCAGAAAUAUGUGUUUCAAUUUGAAAGCAAUAUCCCCUGCCUGGUUUUCACAAUAGGGAUGUAAUGUCAUGCAAAGUGAAUAAGCCCUCACUGGCCUUGUACCAUCAGAAACAAAGCUUUUGUACUGACGACUGGCCUAUUAUUUAGUUGUUGCAUUUUUUCCUUUCUUUUAUGUCCUUGGAGACUUGGACGUCUUGCAGCAUGCCUCAAAAGAGGCUAGAGGCCCUUUUGUUUUGAGGUUUUCACACUUGAGGGCCAUGGUAUUUGGUGUGUGUAGAGAGGGACUGUGACAGCCUGAAAGGGAGAGGGGCUGGGCUGGCUCACACAGAAAGGAGCCUUGGCUAAACACUGGCCCGGCUCUUAGAAAAGAGAGAGGGAUUAGCGUGCACAGACCAAGAGGAACUAAUCUCCUGUGACAUAAUAGAACUGUACAUAAACAACAUCCCUGAGAAGUGAGUGGCGAAGCAUUGACUGACUGAAGAGGCUGAGUGUGUGAAAACAAGGGCUCGGAAUUAUUUGAGAACAGACUUCAAUUCUUAACAUCUGGACAGCAAAGUCUCCUCACAGACAUACACUUAUAAAAACGUGCACACACACACAAAUAUGCAAACGCUGCACCCAUUUCAUACAGACACAUUUCUAAUUUAACACUGACAUAUUUGCAGUUCUGAAUUGACACUGAUUAACCGGAAACAGGAAACUAUACCUUUGCUAGUGGCACACUGGAAUAAUAUCUGUCUAUUUGGGGACACUCAUUUUCCUUAAGUGCAUCAAAGGUAAGGCAAAUUAGAAUUGCAAUCUAAAACAAGAGCAUGGCUCAGGGAAGUAAAGCAAAAUUAAAAUGCAUCAAUCUGAGGCUGGAAAGGAAACUGCACCAAUUGGAAAAGUUAAGAACAAUUGAAAUUGAUCAACAGUUACUGUUUUUUAUUAAUUUUUCCUCUCUACGUAACAUUUCUGUUGACUGAAUUCAUUUUACAGUUACAUUUGUGAUGAUUUUUGGAAACAUCAGAAUGUAUCUGAUUGACCUGAAUUGAAUUUUGGACAGAAUGCAUGCUUUAUUAAUUUUUCAAUCCAAUCACUGAUGGAUUCCCUGUGUGUUGUCAUUAUGUCAAGUCAAUGUCUUUUGAGGUCCAAAAUGCCAGGUCUGGAUGUCAAGCAUAAUGAAGGCAGAUGCAGUGGUUUGAAUGCUCUGAUGAGCUAGUUGGGGAGAAGUGAAUGAGGAUACUGGUGUUCAUUAGUGCAGUGCAAGACUGAAUGUGCAAAUGAAUGCACUUCUUGUAAGUCAAUUUGGCCAAAAGCAUCUGUAAAAUGAACUUUAAAGUGAUGACAAUCACCACAAAUCAUACAGUAUAUCUCUGGUGUAAAUAAACCUCUAUAUCACUGAAAUUAUUAAGGAGAAUGUAAUGCAUGUCAACUUGCCUGUAUGAUAAAAUAUAUAAAAGGUAUGCACUAUUAACAUUAGUCUGCAUGCACUCCUUUGAGGAUUACUGUAUGCGUGCUAAAAAGGCUUUCAUCCGACAUACAGAAAUAGCUCAGUUUGCGAUUUUAAACACAAAAAUCAUGCACUCCACACAUGUAGGCUCAACUCUCACAGUGUCACUCUUAGCUUUAUUUUCUUGUAAACAUUUCCACUUUUCAUUUUAUGAGGGUGAAAGGCUGCUGAGCAGAGGAGGGAUUUAAUGCUUUUCAAACACACGAGUGCUCUGAGAAGCUGAGCAUUAUGUUGAGGGGUGCCUGACCCCAGCAAUGGUAAAUUUGCUAGGGCUAUUGAGCUAGAUGACCUGUUUAUUUGGACUUGCAGAGCGUAUGUCUCAGGCUCCUGGACCGAUCAGUGAAUAUGCUGUACACAGAGUCUGCCAUGAUGGGUUUUACAGCCAAAAUAAGCAACAGUAACUGCCAAAAACUGGGAGGAGAAGCAUGUCUAUUUACCUCUCACAGCAGCUUCAAUUAGACAAACAGCAAAGGGAACGGGUUAAGGAUUAUUUUAUUACUUAGCAUUUUGUACAGUUUCUACCAUGGAAAAAUAACAUGUAACAUAAGACUGUAUUUACAAUUCCAUUUUUACAAAAUGUCUUUACAAGAUUAUUUGACGGUUCAAAAACUUGAGACUAGAACACACAAAACAUACACAUUCACACACAUCCAAACCAAACUUUGUAAUACACACAUAAAUAAAUAUAGACAUUCACUGACUGUUCCACGACAAAUAUUUCUACAGCCAAGAACAUGUACAAUUCAUCAUUUCCACACAAGUUAUAAUUUCAUUAAUAAACAUUACAUAUUACUCCCAAUAUAUUUCAUUGUUAAUCUGUUAAUGAAAUAUUGCUAACAUACUGAAAAGAGGUAACACAGACAUUAUUUCAUGCCAACAGAAUGCUAACAGUUGUCAUGCAAAACCAUUACAAGCUUUCAAUUUGAAGCAAGUAAUUCAUUUACAGUUCAAAAAUCAAAUGUACUACAUGCAACAUACUAUGUGAAAUAUUCUGGGUUAGACAACAAUGACUUUAGUUACAUUAUCCAUCAGUACUGAUCGUAUGCCUAAGCGCCUCUUUAAUGGGUAACAAAAUAAAUAGAUGAAUUUCUACGUUUCUUUCUUCAUGAAUUGUUUUACAGUUUCCUACCAUCCAUGUUCAACCAUCUUCAGUCAAGUUGCCAAAGUAAUUAUUUUUCUUUAAACCAUGAACUAAUUGCUUGUCAUUAAUCAACUGAUCAAAUCCCAUUGAAAUUUUGUUAAUAUGUUGUUGCUGUGUACAAUGACAGCAAUUUUAGGGGUUCCUGGGUCUUA